UUUAUUUUAGAUGAUGCCAAAAUUCAUUACAUUGAAUAAUGGCAGUCAAAUGCCUGUCAUAGGUCUAGGGACUUCGCUCACUAAACCCCAAGAUCUGAAAAAUACUGUAAAAUAUGCAGUCAGCGUGGGGUAUCGACACAUAGAUUGUGGUGCAAUAAAUGACAACGAAGAUAUCGUUGGCGAUGCGAUAAAUGACGUCAUCAGCAACGGGUACGUAAAAAGAAGCGAUUUGUUUAUAACAAGCAAACUCUGGUCUACGUUCCAAUCACCUGAACACGUUAAAGAAGGUUUAGCUCUAAGUCUUCGCAAGCUUAAGCUUGAUUAUUUGGAUUUGUUUUUGAUACAUUGGCCCUUUGGAUUGACAUACGAUGGAAAGGAUCCUAAACGAGAUUUGUCAUCGUCAUUCGAUGAGUCAAUAGAUUAUGUUGAUACGUGGAAAGUUUUUGAAGAGAUUUAUAAAUCUGGUGAAGUUAAAGCAAUCGGGAUUUCAAAUUUUAACCUCCUCCAGCUAAGUCGUCUGCUGGAUUAUGCACAAGUCAUUCCAGCAAUACAUCAAAUAGAAUUUCAUCCUUAUUUGGAUCAGGAAAAAUUGCUGAAUUUUUGCAAGUCAAAGGGAAUUGCUGUUACAUCAUUUAGUCCAUUCGCAUCUCCUAGUAGGCCAUGGGUCGUAAAAUCAGGAAUAAAGCUUUUCGAUGAUCCCGUCUUGAAACAGUUGGCGGAAAAAUACAAAAAAUCCGUUGGACAAGUUAUACUUCGAUACUUAGCAGAUAGAGGAACGUCUGUCAUUCCUAAAAGUGAAAAUCCAAAAAGAAUUCAAGAAAACUUAGAAAUAUUUGACUUCCUCAUUGAUGACCGUGACCUUGUAAAGACCAAAGAACUUGAUAGGCAUAUGAGAGUAGUUCCAUAUAAAGGUGCAUUUUUUGUAUCCCAUAAAUAUUUCCCUUAUGAUCUCUCAGAACUUCUGCCUAUAUAAACAACAAUUUUUACCAUGGUUUUUCAAACUUUCUGCAUUUUCUAAAGUUUGUUUUUCUCUUGCAGCUAGAUGAAAUUUUUGGUACCUGCCUUAAUCUAG